GCCUCACAGAGCCGGGGAUUCCUGACACUUCAACCCCAGUGAUGUAAAGAAAAACUCAGACGAACUUCUUCUUUUAAAAAAAAAAAAAAUAAUAAUAAAAUAAUGGAUGUAUCUGGUUUUGAUGCGCUGCGCGGAUCUUUUGAAGAGCUCCUCAGUAUUCAGUCAGCUGGAUCAGGUUUUUGAUAGCCUUGAUGUGAGGAGGAAAUAGCUCCGCGUUGGUUCUAUCAGAGACUUUGCCGGUGUGGAUGGACAGGUCAGAAGUGCAUAUGCAACACUGUGGGAGCACAGGAUUUACAAAUCGCAUCCAUCUGGGAUUAUCUGCCACCAAGAAUCAAAGGGAGAAUGUAUGGAAUAAACCAGCGCUGUAUUUACAUAUCAUUUCAUUUUUUCGUGCUGUGGUGCCAUGCUCAGGGGGAGAAUCACCCGUCUCCUAAUUUUAACCAGUAUGUGAGGACGCAGGGCGCAGUGACGGACCAGCUCAGCCGCAGACAGAUCAGGGUCUACCAGCUCUACAGCCGCACCAGCGGGAAACACGUCCAGAUUCAGGGCAAAAGGGUCACCGCUACAGCUGAGGAUGGAAAUAUGUACGCUCGUCUGUUUGUGGAGACGGACACCUUCGGCAGUCGAGUGAGGAUAAGAGGCGCAGAAAGCGGACGCUACCUCUGCAUGAACCGGAAGGGUAAACUUGUUGGAAAGCCCAAUGGUCGGAGCAGGGACUGUAUCUUCACAGAGAUAGUAUUGGAGAACAAUUACACAGCGUUCCAGAAUGCCAAGUAUGAGGGCUGGUAUGUGGCUUUCACCAGGAAAGGGAGGCCCAUUAAAGCCUCCAGGACAAGGGAGAACCAGAGAGAGGUCCAUUUCAUCAAGAGGCUGCACACGGGCCCCCCUCCCUUCCCCAACACGGACCAAAGCAAACACUUUGAGUUCAUCCGAUUUCCGUCCACACGUCGAGCGAAGCGGAACAGGAAAUCACGUACCUCUUCCUAACACAGCAGCAAAAGAGAUGGACUGAUGCCAGCUGCGAUGUUGAAAGACACAGAUGCAAUUUUAUUUUUGUAUAUUUUUGAUAGGUAAACAAUGGUUAAAAUGCCAUAAAUCUAAAGUAAUAUUUCUGUAAAAUGAUCAUUUGUAAAUACUGAAAGAGAGUAAAGCAGAUGGAUUAUA